AUGAGGAGUAAGAGAUACCAAACACUUGCGCCCAGAAUGCUUAUAUUUUUCAAAAUUUAUAAAAAUGAUAGGCUGGAACUCAAUGCAUGGUCGACCAGCAUACCGAGGACGUCAAGUCUCAGUAGUCGCAUGGAGGCCAAGUCAAAGACAUUUGUCACGAUCUAUUCACCAGGUGGAGAAUUUUGUGAGGCAAGCAAAAGUGAUCUUCAUCGCGUGCGAUAG